GUUUGCAAGAAUCGGGUUUUCGUUGAACUCAAAUAGAUUAAGAUCGUCUUGAUGAAUGAAAGUCCACCUGAAAUAUCUGUUAGUUUUGGAAAAUAUGUGAAACUCUUCACAACAUAGCAUUUUAUUCAACUGUUUUGUUUAAUUCUUUAUAAUUGAAGACAUAUUUUGAGAACUCUUCAUCAAGGAGAUUUUGUGAGUUCCGGCUGUCAAAACGUGAAAGACCCUGAAUGACCAUGAGUGUUACAGAGCUGAAAGAAAAGGGUAAUGAGAAGUUCAAAGCCGGAGAAUAUGAGGAAGCAUUGGUAUUCUACACACAGGCACUGGGUCUUGGCGACCUUAAGGAUUCUGACAAGGCUGUGAUCUACAAGAACCGAUCCAUGUGUCAACUGAAACUGGACAAGUACGAGAAAGCGGUUGCUGAUGCCACAGAAUCAUUAGAGCUUGUUCCCAAUGACCCGAAGGCGUUGUACCGACGAUGCCUGGCGUACGAGAAGCUAGACAGACUUGAAGAAGCGUAUAAGGAUGCUGGAAUGCUGUUGAAAGUGGAGCCUAAAAAUGUGGCUGUUAAACCUGUGCUGGCAAGAUUGACUCCUGUUAUACGGGAGAGGGUGAAGAUACAGAACAGUACACAAGAAAAAGUUCGGCAGAUGUUCAACCUGGCAUUUGAUGGGGGAAAGGACAAGGAAAAACGCCUGCAGGCGUGCAACAAUCUGAUUGUUCUGGCACGAGAGGAUGGCGGCCCUAGUGUGAUCAUGGAACAUGGCGGGAUGGGAAAACUGAAGGAGUUUAUGCUGUCAGAGAAAGAUCCAGACCUUUUGCAAGCUGGGACCAGAGUACUGUCAUGUCUUACACAGACCUCCAAGGACAGGAGUCAGUGGGUGUAUGAAAACCUCGGGGUUGUACGACUUGGGCAGUUGAUGGCAAUGCCGAUCGAGGGUCUUUCUACAUCGGUAGCCCAUCUCAUACACAAUAUGCUACACAGCAUCACAGACUGGGCUGACUACCAGGUCAAGGUGGAGGAGUUUCAGGAGAAGAAGAGGAACCGUGACCCUGCUAUCCAUCCAAAAUUUAAACUGGAGGAGUACCAGCAUAAGUUUAUAGACGAGGUUUUCCAUGGUCUGAUCAAGAUGUUACAGCAUCACAAGGUGUCAGCAUGUGGGCGAGACGCAGCCAUGGAGCUCAUGAUUAAAACUGUUCCACGUAAAACUGGGCUGCAGUGGACGAAGAAGUUUUUGGAAUCUGACGCUAUCGAAGGCCUGCUGGUCAUUGCGGGAACUGUGAUCCAGCACCAGAGCAUACCUGUCACAGAACAGUCACGCAUGCACGCAUCUCUACUACUGAACACGAUCUGGGAAGAUUUGGCUGGCGAGAAAGAGGCGGAAAAAUUCAAGGGAAAAGUCAGCGAAUUCUUCACGGAGAUGUUUGCAAAUGAGGACCUGGACUCUAAGGUGGAGGCUGUGAGAGCCAUCUCCAUGUUGCUCCAGGGUCCGUUUGAGAUUGGAAACAUGAUUCUCGGGUUUGAAGGCGUCACACAGAUCAUGUUGGCCCUAGCUCAGAGCGACCGAAUCAUGCAUCAGCAAAUAGCUGUGGAGGCUAUCGUUCACUCGGCGUCCAAGAAGGAUCGAUGUACAGGGUUACUGGCAGAGGCGGUGCCGGUGUUGAAAAAGCUCUACCACGAUGGAGGAGAUGACAACAUCAAAGUCCGAGCUCUUGUGGGCAUGUGCAAGCUAGGGUCGUUUGAGGGAUCAGAUGCCAGCAAUCGACCAAUGGCUGAUGGCUCCACAGUUACGCUCGCCAAAGCCUGUAAAAAAUUUUUGUCAAACCCCGAUGGGAAUCUGCAGAUGAAGCAGUGGGCUACAGAAGGUCUGGCGUAUCUCACCCUGGAUGCCGAUGUGAAGGAAGAAUUAGUCAACGACCCUCAGGCACUGGAUGCUGUCAUACAGGCCUCUGCCAACCCAAGCACCAGUCUGAUGUACGCAGCAGCCAUAUUGUUUGUCAACCUGACCAAUAGCACGGACAAGCAGGAGGUUGCCCCAGAGAUGGUUGAACUUGCCAAGUAUGCCAAACAACACAUACCUGAGGAACACCCCAAGGACAAACCAGAGUAUGUGAAAGAACGUAUCAGUCGCCUUAUAUCGGCUGGAAUGCUUAACUGUCUGAUGGCUCUCACCAAGACCGAGAGUAAAAACACCCGCGAACAAGUCUCCAGGGUUUACCUGACAGUUGCCACAGAUGAAAGCUACAGAGGUCAGAUUGUCCAGACAGGAGGGGUCAAGCUACUGUUGGCGCUGUGUCAGGACAACAACACAGACCUUGGGAAACAGGUGGCGGCCCAGACCCUCGCCAAGCUGGCCAUCACACAGGACCCGCAGAUAACAUUCGCCGGACAAAAGAUGUACGAGGUUGUUCGUCCUUUGAUCACACUGCUGCAUGUUGAAAGGACUGGCCUGCAGAACUUUGAGGCAUUGCUGGCACUAACUAAUCUAUCCUCCAUCAGUGAUUCUGUCCGACAGCGAAUCUUGGCCGAGAAAGGGAUUCCGUCUAUUGAACAGUACAUGUAUGAAGACCAUGAACUAAUUCAGAGGGCUGCAAUUGAGUGUAUGUGCAACAUGGUCCAAAAUGAAAAGGUAAUUAAGACGUUUGAGGGCGAAAAUGAUCGUGUGAAGUUCUUCAUGCUGAUUUGUGGGGACGAAGAUGAGAAGAUUGUACGAGCUGCGUCCGGGGCUCUGGCCGUACUGACGUCAGAGAGCGAUAUUGUGUGUAAAAAAAUUGUAGAGGUAAACAAGUGGGAUGAGAUUCUACUCGCCCUCCUAGUUAACGAGCUGCCAGACAUCCAGCACAGGGGCUGCUAUAUCGUCAGGAACAUGGUGCAUGUCAGCAAGGAAAUUGCUGAAAAGGUCUUUGCUGGACAGGUUAUGGAGGUGAUGAUGGCCUUGUCGAUACUGACAGAGCCCGCACAGCAGAAGGUCAGAGAGUUGAGUAAGGAUGCCUUACAUGUUGCUGAGGAACAUGGCAUCAUCAAAAAGAACCCGAACCAAUCCUAGAAUGGAAUUAUAAAAAAAGGCUGAAAUCCUAAGGCCUUAUACAGAAAAGAACUCCAUGUUGGCUUUGUGUGUGAAAUAUCCUUAAGAAUCCUUGGAAGGCUUCAAAAACUUUUCACAAUUUCACGUAACCCUGGAUGGCAUUAUUCAGAUAUAGAACCGUGGCAAUGUGUUCUGGCAAUCCUAGGAUGCUAUUCAGGUUAUAAUGCCACUCCUUGAAUUGCUUUAUUUAGGGGGUAAAAACACUAUUGUCGAAUGGCAUCGAUGGAUCUUCUAAAUGACAAACGUGAUGAAAUACUUUCAGAAACAGCAGAAUAAUUCCUCAUUCAAACUAAUAAUGUGGAAAAGAAAGCUAGAAAUAGAUGUUCAACAUUAUCUUCAGCUCUAUAUGUUUCUUUAGGAUGUAUUUUAAAGACAUUGUAUAUGAUUAUAUUUUUUUUUAAAUUGGCCAUAGUGAGUGGAAUUCAAUGCAUGAUACUAAACAUAUUUGGUGCCUGUGUUGUUUUCAAAAGCAAGCUACAUAUCAUAUGUAAUAUGAAUAUUAACUUACUUGAAUAUGGGGUGCAAUUUAAGAAGGUAAGGGAAUGGUCAAUUGGUCAAGUCAAACAUAUUGUUAAGAUAAUCAUCUAUGAAGAAUAGAAGAAUACUUAUUUUGGACAUGAUUUAGGAAAGCUGUUGAAUGUGGGCCUGGUUUCAUAAAAAACUAAGUGGCAUUACAUAUAACUGUAAGCGAUAACUUUUCGGCAACCUGAUUUGAUUGUUAUAUAUAUUACUAUAGGACUAUUGUCUUAGUAUUUCAUGAAACAUGGGCCUGGCACAAUAUUCACUAAAGUCUGGAGUCUUAGUUUCAGACUCAGAAAACUGAAUCUUUAAAUGUUAAAAGAUAUCAAGAGUGUUACUGAUUUUGACAAAAAAUGUGUACUUGAUUAAAGAACAGGGCCGGUAUUGAUAAAACGUCUUAAGUCAUUUCCGAACUUAAAUCAUUUUCCUCGGUUUAGUAUCUCACUUCAUCACUUGAUAUAAUAACUUUAUACUACAUGUAUCUAAAAUGCUUUAUUUUCAUUAAUUUGUAAUAAACACCCUUGUAAUUUCAAGGCACUGGUACGUUUCUUCCAAUCUGACUACGAAAAUCUGAGGAAAUUGACUUAAGAUAAAAAUUGACUUUAGAUGUUUUAUGAAUACCGGUCCUAAUCAUCUGAACAGACACAGCUAUUUUUGCCAUCUUUGCUCCUGUCAUAGCAUUUUUAAAACAAAAUUAAAAUUUAGCUUUUCUGAAUCUGAGUCUAUAACUCUGAUUUGGGACUUUAAUGAAUAUGUCCCAGAUUUCUGUCAUUAGUUGACAAUGUGAUGUUCUACGCAUGUUCUUCAUGAUCAAAGCUCCCUUUUAAUGCUUUACAUGCACAACCUUAUUGUUCAUAACUAUGCCCUGUGCAAUAGAUCUGUUUUGUUUAUGUUUCAUAUUUUCCUUGAGUGCAGUGAUCAAUUUGUAUCCAUUGUAUAUAUCAUCUAAUACGUAUUUUACAUACCAUGUUUUGAUAAUAUAUUUUGAAAUAAAGAUAUUAAA